AUGGCCGUUAAAAGUUCCAUGUUCGUAUUUCAGGUUGUAAUAGAGAAAUUGUCUAGUUUUGUUGAGAGUCGCGGCUUAGUGGUAAGGGCAAAUUUUGCCGAUAUAUUUUCGCUGGAGCUUAAAGACCCUAAGUCAAUGCACAUAGUGAUGCCUGAGCCUCCACCGCUGCCGCCUGAACCUGUCGGGAAAGGCAAAAAGAAAAAGCCAAAGCCAAAAAAAAAAGGUAAGAAAGGAAAAGAACCGCCACCACCACCGGAGCCAGCUAUACAAGCAGGUCAAUCUGUGCUAUUCACCAGUACCGCAGAAUUCAUUAUUCAGCUAAUGAAGACUUGUCCGAUGGAAGUUUCGCUAUGGAACAAGGAGGAAGAUCCAGCUUUUAUUGGGUCGACAUUGGUCCAUUGGGAUCCUGUCUUUUUUCAAUAUCUCGUUAAAGUAUUUAACUGCCAAGAUACGACUCCACCGUUUGUAAAAGAUGAAUACAAUGUAUUCCAAGAAGGAACAUCCAAAAUAUUAGCGAAGAUAACUUUACAAGUCAAAUUGAGCAAUCUUACGGACAGAGUGGUCACAACUUUUCGAACUCUUUCGGAAGAUCCACAGAUUAAGAAAGUUCUGUAUACUGGGAUGAACUCGAAAGUGACGUCCUAUGUAUGUAAUUAUAAAACGACUGACGAGGUUUAUCAUAAAAACUCCGUAUUAAUAGAUAAUAAAUAUACAGUGGAUAAGCCUAUAGUAUAUGCUGAUUACAAAAAUGCUCCCGGUGCCUUAUUGCCGUUACCCAGUACCGAAAAUAUCUGCUGCGUCGGAAAUGCUGACAAACCACCGGACGACAAGUACAGCGCACCGGAGACUGCUCCCGAUAUCGACUUCAUUUGUGAUUAUGUUCGCAAAAUUAUCUCUUCUUGCAAUGAUAAUAUGAGAAUGCUGACUCCGCGUCCGACGAUUAGACCACGGGUCAAAGCUACAGACAUCGACAAACUAUGUUAUUGCAGAGAGACUAAUUGGCCGCAAGGUGACCUAGCUGAAAGGUUUAGAAAGGAAGCUCAAGCGAAUUGCCCGAUUUGUGUAGACGGCGGUAGAAACGCAAGAUCAAGUCACCCGCUCUCAUUCGACAUAGCGAACAUAAGAGGUCCUUGCGGGAGACCUGAUUGCAGAAUCGCAAGAGAUAUGCGAGCUUAUAUUGAAAACCUAUUUGAAGAAGAUCAAAAAGAGGUUGUUAUAGAUGAAAUUGUGGGACCUUGUGGAAGUAGGUCAUGUACGUUAGCUAAUAAUAUACAACAAUUCAUUCGUCAUAAAGGAAAAUUCGUCCACGGCAGACACGUACAGGGUUUGUCAACUCAAUGCGCAUGUGUGGACAUAAUGAAUGAAGCACUUACUAGAAGAAGCUCGUGUAACACCUUGUGCAGUAAAGACUGUGAAAAUAGUGAGAGUGAACAGUGCGAUGGAAAAAUUUGUCCUUUUAAGUCUACCAAUGAAGAUUCUAAUGUAUCUCCAGAAGAUGCAGAUGCGCUUGAACAAGAGCCAACUGCUGUUUAUGCUGUUUAUUAUUGCUUGGUUCAGUAUGACAAAGAUUUAGGCGAACUUUCCUCGCAAAAUAACUCCAAACCGUCUUCCAGAUCACCUUCUCCUACUGGCUCAGUAGUUCGUCAAUGUGCAUUACCUUCAUGCUCUAAAAGCACUUGCGGCACCGAUGCAUUUAUCAAUGCUCUGAAAGUACCCCCGACUUCAAAAUGUGUAAGUCUAAGUUGUCCAGACUCUACACAAGUAGACCAACGAAGUCCAGAUGAUAGCCACGUCGAAAUUCAGAUAUCGGAGAUACAUAAUGCAUGUUGUGUUAAAACUUGUACAGUAGGUGAGAGUGUAAAGAAAUUUGUGAUAGAAGCAUAUGAAAAUCAAGAAAAGCGCAAAAAAAUGGUAUCAGACGUUCUUAAUGAUCCAUGCUAUUGCGAUUGCUCAUGUCAAUUUAAGUCGAUAAAGAAAACUUCAUACUGCCCUGUUUGUGGAGGGUUUGAAUGUCUAGGAGACGAUACGGCUAAGCUCCCCGAGUACGCGAAACCACAUCCGUGCCCCGUCUACCAUAAAUUGUACGACAAAACGAAAAUUAGAACUGAAAGUCCUUUUCCAGAAGAAGGUAAAGAAAAAGAAGACGAAAAAAAAAAGUCCGGCACAGGCAGCUCUAGAAGUUUGAAAAACGCGUCGUCUAAAGAAGGAAUGGAACCAAAAACAAUUUCGUUACAAAAAAAGAAACGGAAAAAGAAGUCCGUUGGAAAAUUUACAGCUAAUGUUGAGGAAGAAGAAGAAGUCAAGGUAGUUGCGAAGCCAAGCAAUCCAUGGGCUAUUCCUGCAGUUCCAAAGACAAUGGGAUGGUUAUGGACAGCCGAUGAUGUCCCGGGAUUAAAGGUACCAGUGUUAUCUAUCGCAAAGUCUGUGAAGAUAGUGUGA